AUGUCCAAGUCCCUUGUCUUUAUCACCGGUGCUACCGGGUUCAUUGGCGCCCAUGUUGUGGCCGUGACCCUGCAAGCCGGAUACCGCGUUCGACUGAGCAUCCGCAAACCGGAGCAAGAAGCCGUCAUCAGAAAGCGUUAUGCCGAGUAUAAUAACGACAUUGAGAUAUUUCUUAUUCCAGAUCUAUCCAAUGUCGAUGCUUUGAGAUCCGCGCUCAAUGGCGUUGACUAUGUCUUCCACAUUGCCUCUCCCAUGCCAGGAAGUGGUACGGAUUUACAACGCGACUAUAUCGACCCAGCCGUCCAGGCAACUAUUUCAAUGCUCAAGGCCGCAUUGGCACAUAAGCAGAUCCAGAAAGUCGUCAUUGUCUCCUCUGCGCUGUCGUUGACUCCCGUGGAUGCACUGAUUGCGAAGACAGUGGUCGCGAAAGAGAACACUGGCGAGGUCAUUCCCGUCGAUCUCAACAUGACCUUCCCCGAAGGCUUUGGAGGUCACGGACUGAUGUACGCCGCAUCCAAGAUCAAGGCUCACCAGGCUACCCGAGACUUCCUCAAAGAAGUAAACCCCCACUACAAAGUCUUAACUUUGCACCCUGUCUUCGUCCUCGGUGACGACAUGAUUCAGGAAACUGCCGAUGGCCUUGCGGGUAUGAACAAGUUCUUCUACAACUCCUUCCUCAGCGAAAAGCCUCUCAUCGGAAAUGUAUGGGUUCAUGUUCGCGAUGUGGCGGAUGCGCACGUGAAGGCUUUGCAAGCCGACGCCAAAAGUGGCACGGAAUUCAUUCUUUCGCAUCCCGCGGCUUCUUGGGCAGAGACGGCGGAGUUUGUUAGGGAGAAGUAUCCCGCGCUGCCUGUUAAGCUGCAGCCUCCCUUUGACGUGACUUGGGACGUUGAGAAUGCUGCUGCUGAGAAGAUCCUUGGAAUGAAGUGGCGCUCAACUGAAAAGAUCACUAGUGAUGUUAUCGAUCAGCAAUUGUCUUACUAG